AUCUUAUAUAUCUUUUUGCCUUCAGAACGAAGAAUAAAUAUAUAAAGAAAAAAAUACGUGCCAUGGGUAAAAACAUUUUGGUUUUCUCUGUCGUUGUUGUUUUUCUCUUCUCUAUUACGUAUGCAGUUCCUGGAAUCGCAACUUACUACACAAGUUACACUCCAUCGGCAUGUUACGGAGGUACGCAAGAAGGAGUUAUGAUAGCUGCAGCGAGUGACAAAUUAUGGGACAAUGGUCGAGUUUGUGGAAAGAUGUUCACCGUGAAAUGCACCGGAGCUCGUAACCCCGUGCCUCAUCCAUGUACCGGAAAAUCCGUGACGGUUAAAAUCGUGGACCAUUGUCCCGGUGCCUGCCCUUCUACUCUCGAUCUCUCCCGUGAAGCUUUUGCUCAGAUCGCUAAUCCUGUCGCUGGGAUUAUUAACAUUGAUUAUACACCGGCCUAAACGUUGAUGGAGUUCUAUAGGAAAAUGAUGCUCGGAUCUUGAAAACACUGAUGAAACAUGUACUGACAUUAAGAUUUUGUAAUUGUAAUUCAUAACAAUGAAUAAAUUCGUCUGAGAUUCCUAAA